AUGUUGCAAACGGGCAAAUCGCAAGAAGACGCAUUGUUCGAAGUGGAGGAUACUAUUGAAUGCCUGCGUCACUUUGCGGGUUAUUCUGACAAACUGGCAGGUCAAGCACACACCGGGAACGGUUUGCAUGCGUAUACUCAAAAGGAACCGUACGGCACGGUAGGCCUUAUUACGUCGUUUAAUUAUCCAUUAUUGCUAACCGGCUGGAAAUUGGCCCCUUCCCUGGCCGCUGGCAAUUGUGCGAUUGUGAAACCGGCGCCCCAAACCCCGUUGACCACAUUAGCUCUGGCUGGAUUAGCAACCGAUAUCCUGCCUGCGGGUGUCCUUAGCGUACUUCCUGGAGGUGCCGAGAUAGGGCAGGCAAUAUUAAAAGGGGUUGAUAAGAUUAGUUUUACCGGAUCCACGGCGGUCGGUCAAUCGAUCAUGCGCGAAGCGGCAGCUACGUUGACACCUAUCACGCUGGAAUGCGGUGGCAAAAACGCGGCAAUCGUGCUAGCCGAUGCCGAUCUUGAUGAAGCUGCUCGUCAUAUUGCGUCGGGGGCCUUUUCCAAUGCUGGCCAGAACUGCUGUGCUGUGUCCAGGGUGUUGGUCAGCGUAGAAGUGCAUGAUACCUUUUUAGAUAAAUUAAGUCAACAUUUGGAUACCCAGGACUGGGGACCGCUGAUCGAUCAAACUCAAUACGAACGCGUCCUGGGCCAUAUUGAACGCGCCACGGAGUCACCUGCAUUUGUCGGCCCACGCAACAACGAUGGCCAAUCAGGGUAUUAUGUUCCUCCCACCGUCUUCACGCAAGUGGACGAUCACUCACCUCUCGCUCGCCAAGAAAUAUUUGGUCCCGUUCUAUCAAUACUGAAGCCUUUCCGGACGAUAGAAGAAGCCAUCGGCCGUGCUAAUAAUUCCCCCUAUGGCUUAGCUGCCGGUGUGUUUACCAAGGAUUACAAGAGAGCCCAUUCUAUCGUGCCGCAACUGAAAGCCGGCGUCGUUUGGGUCAAUACCUAUAACCUUAUGCCUUCCUUCUUACCAUUUGGCGGCGUCAAAAUGUCCGGUAUUGGCAAAGACCUUGGCCAAGCAGCGAUGAAUGAAUUCACCAUAGAGAAAUCAGUCAUGUUUGGCCUAACAUAA